AUGUCCGAAAAGCUCGUUCAUUCAGGUGAUGAAGCCAUCGAUCCUCCUCCAGCGCCCGUCGGAUUCUUCGAUCCUGUGCUGAAGAGCACCCGACGGAACGUGUUCAUUCAAUGGACCCGCACCGUCUCAAUCCUCUGCGUCUUUGUGCUAGGAGUAUUAUCAAUCUUCUGGGGUUCCCAAUUCGCAGUAGAAAAGAACUACACUGCGUUAACAGUCUGGGUCGUCGACUUCGACGGCCAAACACCAUAUGACUCCUCCAACACACUAAUCGGACCGGUCGUCAAAAAUGUCACCAACCAAAUCCUCUCCUCCUCAAGCCUCCAUAUAGGUUACGAGAUUCGCUCCCCGGAACAAUUCAACAAUGACCCCUGGUCCGUCCGCCAAGCAAUCUACGACGAACAUGCCUACGCCGCCGUAAUCAUCAACCCCAAUGCAACCACCCUCCUUCGCUCCGCCAUCUCCAAUAAUAACCAAUCCUACGACCCAACCGGCGCCAUUGAAACUGUCAUCAUCUCCGCCCGUGAUGAAGCGACCUACUACAAUUACAUCCUCCCGGAUCUAACAAUCCUCCAAGCUUCCAUCAUCGCAGCCUUCGGCCCACUGUGGGCCCGGGAACUAGUCUCCGGAAACACGGACCUCUCCUCCGUACCCCCACAAGCCAUAAACCCAGGAAUCGGUUUCACGAAUAUCGACCUCCGACCAUUCGCGCCCGCCGUCACGGCACCGGCCGUUUCUAUCGGUCUGAUUUACCUUAUUAUUAUCGCAUUCUUCAAUUUCCCUUUCCUCAUACCUAUUCACGCUCAAUUCAUGAAUUCAAAAGAUCACCCGCCUCUCAAAGUUCCGCACUGGUUACUCUGGCGCAUCGUCUCAAACAUCGUGGCGUAUUUCUUCCUUUCAUUCUUCUACUCUCUUGUUUCGUUGGCGUUUCAGAUCCCGUUCAGUAACGAGCCAGCGUCGGAUGUUAUCUCCGCCGAGAGUGCAAAUGCUUAUGGGCAGGGCUCGUUUGUUGUCUUUUGGAUGUUGAAUUGGGUGGGCAUGGCCGCGCUUGGAUUCCCGUGUGAGAAUAUGGCUAUGAUUCUGGGAAUGCCGUGGUCUUCGUUCUUUCUUAUCUUUUGGGUUAUUACGAAUGUUGCAACGGGCUUUUAUGCUAUUGAUUUGGCGCCCGUGUUUUAUCGUUGGGGGUACGCUUGGCCUUUGCAUCGGAUUGUCGAGGCUCUACGGACGAUUCUGUUCGGAACGCAUUCGAGGAUCGGGUUGGAUUUCGCUGUGUUGUUUAUUUGGAUUGUGGUUUCAUUGGCGUUCUAUCCGGUUGCGACGUUUAUUAUGCGUUGGAAGAUGAGAAGGGGGAUUUAA